AUGCCGAUUAUAAGGUUACAUGAAGGAGAUACUGGAAUGAUUCAUAAUCUAGAAGUUUCCGAAGAGGAUGCUAUUAUCUUCAUCAUAAAUAUAACAGCAGAAGUUACAACUAUAAAAGCAACAGCAAGAACGGCAACAAAAAUUGCAUUUACAACAGCAACGAAAACUACAACUAUGAAGCAGCAAUUACUGAGAAUAUGGUCGGUACAAUCACUAAACCAAUGGAUGAAUCGGAUUGUACAACAAGUAAAUCAACUGCUGAGUCGAUCAAAUUUACCUUCAUUGUUGCAACAACUGGAGCCAAGUACAGCAACUGUUCCACGCUCAGCUAGUAAUGAUUCUGAUACGGAUGACAAUUCUGAUAAUGAAUGUUUUGAAAUCGUAUCAGAUGCCGAACUUGUGUUGCUAGAUAUCCAACCAUCGAAAGAACAAAUAAACGUACAGAUCGUAGGAGAGACUAUACGAUACAGUAAACAACCAAUAAACCGACAGAUUAUACAAGCACAGCAGCAACAAGCGUCAAAUUCACCUCCAUUGCCACAACAAUUAAAGCCGAUUUUAAAGCAAAGUACGGAUGACAGUUCCGAUACAGAUGACAAUUCUAAUAUGGAUGACAGUUCUGAUACAGAUGACAAUUCUGAUACAGAUAACAAUUCUGAUAAUGAAAGUAUUGAAAUUAUAUCAGAUACCGAACUUAUUAUACAAGCACAGCAGCAACAAGCGUCAAAUUCACCUCCAUUGCCACAACAAUUAAAGCCGAUUUUAAAGCAAAGUACGGAUGACAGUUCUGAUACAGAUGACAAUUCUAAUAUGGAUGACAGUUCUGAUACAGAUGACAAUUCUGAUACGAAUGAUAUGUAUGGUGGAGACGUAAAUCUUGAAAACAUAGAUGUUAAUUUGCCAGCUGUUGUUGAAACUACGCCGAUAACUUCUUACCCUUGUGUGGCUCCUACAGUACCUGCUCUAACCUUAACUAAUCAUAAUUUUGAUACGGAUAGCUAUUCUGAUACAGAUAGCUGUUCUGAUACGUAUAGCAAUUCUGAUACGGAUGAUAAUUAUGGUGGAAAUGUAGAUCUUGAGAACAUGAAUGUUAAUUCACAAGAUGCACAACAAUCAUUGCCACAAUCGAAGUUAUUCUUAAAGCAAUUGGAUUCGACUUUGAAGCAGUUGAAUCCAAUCUUAAAUCCAAGUACAGCAAGUACGCAACCAACUGUUGAACAAACUACACCGAUAAGUUCUCAGGCUUGUAUGCCACAACAAUUGAAGCCGAUUUUAAAGCAAAGUACGGAUGACAGUUCUGAUACAGAUGUCAAUUCUGAUACGGAUGACAGUUCUGAUACAGGUGGCAAUUCUGAUAAUGACCGUUUUGAAAUCAUAUCAGAUACCGAAUUUGUUGAGUCUAGUGGUAAACAUUACCAUGGAAAAGGAUUAUCUAAAUCACUCGUCAAGAUGCAGCUGAAAAAGUAUUAA